CGCACUCUCACUUAACCUCCACACAGUGCCGGACGGGAAAUAACUUAAAAUACUUUUUUGUUUUUAAAAAUAGAUCCUCCUAAUGACAGCUCCUCGGGCUCAGUACUCCUGACGACGACGCCGAAGCGUUUUAUUCUACUUUCUGAUCCCGAGCGGAGCGCAAACAGAGGAGUUACUGAAGUCCCAGACACGCUCCAACGAUGGUGACUUUACGCACGGGAUCUGAAGGCUGUUCCAACUGACUGCUCUUGUUUUUGGUCUCGACGCUGAAACUCUUCAUCAUCGCCAGCAACGAUCUCCCAAGUUUUGCCGAAAAACACGCAGCGAAUGCCGAGUAAGUGAAUCCAGCUGACGUUCAUGAAUUUUAAAGUCAUCCGGAAGUGAGAAGAGGGUGUUGGAGUUGAAGUCUCUUAUUUCUAAUGAUGUCUUCCAUGCGAGCAACGCCUCCCUUUCACCCACCGUCUGAGGAUGAGGAAGCGAUGGGUCAGGACAAUGCGGCCUGGACCAGCGAGGAGCGAGAGGGCCCGAAGGAGACACCGUCUCCCUCUUCGCAUGACCGACCCCACCCGGAUGAGCUGCAGCCAAUCAGGGAGAAGCUGACGGACGCGGAGUGGGAGAACAUGGUGCCUGCUGCGAUGGACAAUGAGAGCAGUAAAGGCUGCUCAGUCUACUCCUACCGGACUAACUCUACCUCUCCACCCAAGCCAGAGGAGUGCUCCAGGGAUCGCGGGGAGCCAAUGAUCGGCCUCGCCUUCGGGACGCCGGAGCGCCGCAAAGGAAGCCUGGCAGACGUGGUGGACACACUGAAACAGAAGAAACUGGUGGAGCUGACCAAGACGGAACAAGACGAACCAACUUGCAUGGAAAGGCUCCUCUCAAAGGAUUGGAAGGAGCGCGUUGACCGCCUGAAGGCAGACGAACUGCUGGGGGAGGUCAAAGGUACGCCGGAGUCGCUGGAGGAAAAGGAGCACCAGCUUUCCACCAUGAUUGGUCAGCUGAUCAGUCUGAGGGAGCAGCUCCUCUCCGCCCAUGACGAGCAGAAAAAGAUGGCCGCCUCACAGCUGGAGAAGCAGAGACAACAGAUGGAGCUGGCCAGGCAGCAGCAGGAACAGAUCGGCAGACAACAGCAGCAGCUCCUGCAGCAGCAGCACAAGAUAAACAUUCUCCAACAACAGAUCCAGGUCCAGGGUCACAUGCCUCCUCUGAUGAUCCCAGUGUUUCCUCACGACCAGCGGUCUCUGGCUGCUGCCGCUGCUGCACAGCAGGGCUUCCUCUUCCCACCGAGCUUGUCCUACAAGCCAGGUGAGAAUUACCCCAUGCAGUUCAUUCCAUCUACAAUGGCAGCUGCAGCGGCGUCUGGACUCAGCCCAUUACAACUGCAGCAGCUGUAUGCCGCCCAGCUGGCAAGCAUGCAGAUCUCACCGGGAGCCAAGAUGGCUUCCCUCCCACAGGCUCCCAACUCUUCUGGUCCCCUCUCCCCCUCAGCCCUGAAGAGCGAGAAGCGAGCAUCCAGUCCCGUGGUCAACAUUAAGGAGGAAGCAUCCACACAGCCGUUGAACCUCUCAGCCAGACCCAAGACAGCCGAGCCUCUUCGCUCCCCGACGUCCCCGACUCACGGCCUGUUCUCCGGGAGCAAGUCCAGCCCUACAGGCCUGGGCAAGGGCCGCAUCCCAAGCCCCCUUGCCAACAUGAGCAGGAACACCUCUCUGGACAUCCUGUCCAGCCUCAACUCCACGGCGCUCUUUGGGGACCAGGACGCCGUGAUGAAGGCCAUCCAGGAGGCCAGGAGCAUGAGGGAGCAGAUCCAGAGGGAGCAGCUCCACCACCAGCAUCAGCAGCACCCGGGCCACCACAGUCUGGAGGCCAAGCUGUCCGCCCUCAGCAGCAUGGCCCUCAACAACGGCAACAAGGAGCGGCUGCACUAUGAGACGCUGAGCCAGCACCUGGGUAAGCUUGGGGAGGACGCUGGGAAGAUGGUCCAUCGAGUCAUCGACCUGACGAGACCAGAAGAUCUGGAUGGGAGUAGCAUCACAGAGGCAAGAGUGUUCAGGGAGGCGCGGGGCAGGAACAACGCCGAGCCCCACAUCAAGAGGCCCAUGAACGCCUUCAUGGUGUGGGCCAAAGACGAGAGGAGGAAGAUCCUGCAGACCUUCCCUGACAUGCACAACUCCAACAUCAGCAAGAUCCUCGGCUCUCGCUGGAAAGGCAUGACCAACCAGGAGAAGCAGCCGUACUAUGAGGAGCAGGCCCACCUGAGCAAGAUCCACUUGGAGAAAUAUCCCAACUACAAGUACAAGCCGCGGCCCAAGAGAACCUGCAUCAUCGAUGGCAAGAAGCUGCGCAUCGGAGAGUACAAGCAGAUGAUGCGGUCACGACGUCAGGAGAUGAGGCAGUUCUUUGUGGGGCCUCAGCCACCGAUGACUCUCGGCAACAGCCCCGGCGGAGUAGUUUACCCAGGCGCCAUAACCAUGGCCACAGCCACAACAUCCCCACACCUGACCUCAGACUGCUCCAGCAACUCAGCCAGCCCUGAACCUGCCAUCCCUGUCAUUCAGAGCACGUACGGGUUGAAGUCCGAGCCUGGCGGCGGGGGCAGCAAUGGCGGUUUGGUCGGAGCGUUGGAUCUGCAGAGGGACCCUACCAACGGAGCCGACGACAUGGACAUGUACGAGGACUUUGAGGACGAGCCCAAGUCAGACUAUAGCAGUGACCGCGAGACACGGGAGGCCGUCAGUGCCAACUGAGUGUGCUCAGGGUGUCAGUUGUAAAAAGAGAGAAAAAAGAGAGAAACUCCUGUUAUACUCAGAGACACUUUUUAAAAACACAGUUUAUUAUAGAGACCUUGAAGCAAAGCAUCAGGACAUGUUGCGUCAUGCACUGAGCAUGCCCAGACAGGAUCCAAACUCAGCAGCCAUGCUCAGAAAGUUCUUGAACGGUAUCUCGAAAGACGUCCAUUUGAAGAACAGGGCUGAUGGAAACAAACGUGACCCAAGAAAACAACCUGAACAGACGUGCAGACAUCAAACUGACAAUGACCUUCCGUUUCCUACACUUUGACAAUCUUAACAGGAGCGAAUAAGAGUUAGAGGAAAGAAAGAGAACGAGAAAGAAGGGGACGAAGGACAAAUGAGCGACGGACACAUUACUGUGUGGUUUGUAAAGAGCAUGCAUAGAUUGUGAAACAUCAGGAAUUGGUCUUCAACAGCUAUUUGGUCUUAAUGUUUAAGGUGUGAUUUAGUUUUUAUCAUUAUGUAUUUACUUUUGUUGUGUUCUUGUUUCCUCAUUGUUUUUUGUUCUGUAGACUUUUUUUCUGACAGGUCACUGCCUGUACAAACUCUGGACUGUCGGAACUUGAAAUUUUAAAAGUUUUAAUAUAAAUCCUAGCUAUUGUAAUCUUAUAGUCUUACUUUUGUUUCUUACGAAUACAGUGCAUCUACAUCUUGUUUUUCUGACAAACUGCUUACAUUACUGUUUCUUUUUUUUUUUAUAUCCCAGCUCAGGUAUGAUGUGCCAGCUUGUGAAUGUGUUGUUUUGUUUCUUUGUUUUCAUACAGAAAGAGUGAUAGGACUUUUCAGACUGUCAUCGAAAUAAAGGGAGCAAAAUCCCUUAUAUCACAUUAUUAUUAUUAUUAUUAUUAUUAUUAUUAUUAUUACUAAGUAUGUAAGUAAGAAAGUACCCAGGCAUUGUACAGAUUUACUUCAAAUGUGCCAAACCUACAUUCACAUUCGCUUGGGAUGUUGUAGUCUUAACUUCCAAUGCUGCAAGAAAAGUCUUAUACAAUCAGCUUUUUUCUAGGUGAUGAGAUGAAUUCCUACUUGGUAACUGUUGGCUCCCCUCCUGGCCCAAUCCCAGGCAGAGCUCAGGGAGGAUGUGUUUUCAUCACGCUCGCUCAGUCACAAUCACACACACACACACACACACACACACACACACACACUUCAAUCUCUGGCAGCCCCUCCAGCUUCGAGAUGUAGUUAGAAGAGUCUGUUCUUCAAUUCCACUGCAUUGGUGCUUUCAUGAACCACAUUGCCCAUAGUUCCUUGAGGCCAAACACUUAGCACAUUGUGCUGUAACAUUUCGUAUUGGAGUCUGUCUCUUUCAAUCUGGCCAAAGGUAUAGACAUUAAAUUUCUGCUAAGACACUUCAAGAGUUCGUGAGUCUUAAAAGUGUCCCUAUAGCUUUGUUCAUCCAGCGUCAGAGAAAAGGGGAUGAGCAGCCCCAGUGUUACCCUACUGUAGAAAAACAGUUUCUAAUAUUCUGGAUCCCGUCACUGUAUUUUGAAUUGUGUUUUGAAUCGGUACAAAAGUGUAAAAAUGUUACUAUUAUUAUUAGCCUGUUAAUAUUCGUAAAUGUCUUCUCAGCAUCACGUGGGAAAGAUAAACCAAACUUGUGUUUUGAGAAAAGAAUUUAUAUAGUUUCAAGAAAUGGGUUUAAGAGGUCUGUUAAAGGGCACCGUUUUCUACAUUGCAUGUAUAUUUUGAAGACGAGUAAAUUAUUAAGAGAAGAAUGGAGGAAAAAAAGGUGCCUGAUUCUUAAUCAGCUUCUCAGUCAGAGCAAGGUUUGACUCCAGUCUGAAACAAGAUGUUCCUCUUCCGUCUUGUUGUGGCCCAGUGGUCAGCACCUCGUUGGGUGUGCACGCUUUUUCCUCUAUUUUUCUCAAAUGUCACAUUCUUUCUCUGAAGACACAAUAUUUUUUCUUUGUCUCUUUUCACCACACUCUACAUUUGGAACAUUUUCAACAACCUGUGACCUUGGGGUGGUCUCUGAGUGCUCUUUUUAGCUGUUAGCUGUUUCACUCGUCUUCGUGGCUCCAUGUUUCUCACCAUAUCUGGCAGUUUUUACUUGGGUAAGCUUCACAAGCUGGGACUGAACAUUGUUUUUUGCUUGCGUCACAGUAAAAAAAAGCCUCAUGCAUAGACAUUUCUGUUAGUGUCAUACGCAUCCUAAGCACUGGAUAUAAAUUCUGUUUUUUUAGUUUUUUUUUAGUAUUGACUAAUGUGAAUUUGUUGUUUGAUUUUCAACAUGAUACAUUAGAACAGUCAAAAGUCACAUGUUUGGACUCUAUAGGAAGCCUCGUACAUGCUAGGCACAAGUAAAUUGCCAUUUCUUUAGAAGCAUUUCAUUUAUUGAAGCAAGUUUUGUUGCUGCAGCUCUAGUGCCGCCUAAAGGGGUCACAUCGCCUCUGAUCUCUUUGAAACCUCAUGCUCUUGUCACUUGUGACCUGCAGAAGCAGAACACAAGUUUCCUGGUCGCAUACAUUUUGUGAUGAGUAUUGUAUUUGAAAUUCAAUUGUGCGUUUUAACAUUUCAUUGUAUUUAUUAGCCAGCUUUGGCUCUAAAAAGUGUCAGUACAACUUGGUGAGAAAGACAAUCAAAAAAAAUAAAUAAAUAAGAAGUAAA